AUGUCACCGUAUCGAUUGGUGUUUGGUAAGGCCUGUCAUCUACCGGUUGAACUGGAGCAUAGAGCUUACCGAGCUGUGAAAAAUCUGAACAUUGAUCUCUUUAUGGUGGGAAAAAAUAGGUUUAUGGAGUUGAAUGAGCUUGAUGAAUUUCAGAAUGAAGCCUACGAGAAUGCAAGGAUUUAUAAAGAAAAGUCCAAGCCCAUUCAUGAUAAGAUGAUACUUAGGAAGGAUUUCCAAUCAGGAGAAAAAGUAUUGUUAUUUAACUCCCGAUUAAAGCUCUUUCCGGGUACACUAAAGUCGAGAUGGUCGAGACCAUACACAGUUGUUGUCUCAUUGCCUUAUGGAGCGGUGCAAAUUCAUAGCUAG